AUUUGUUUCCCACAGUCCUUGGAGAGCUGAGCUGCAGGUUGUCUGGCCAUGGCUUCUCAAAUGAUGAUCAUAUUUUCUGCUGACAGACACCUCUCUGCACAGCCUUUCACACUGGCACCAAUCAGGGACUUUCCUUGUCAAUACUGGAAUGAGUAAAAUGAAAAUCGAGGAUGCAUACCAGAGUGCCCACUGGAGAAUGUGAUGGGAUCAGUAGCAUGUCUGCGGAGAGCGGCCCUGGGACGAGAUUGAGAAAUCUGCCAGUAAUGGGGGAUGGACUAGAAACUACCCAAAUGUCUACAACGCAGGCCCAGGCCCAACCCCAGCAAGCCAACACAGCCAGCACCAACCCCCCGCCCCCAGAGACCUCCAACCCCAACAAGCCCAAGAGGCAGACGAACCAACUGCAAUAUCUGCUCAAAGUGGUGCUCAAGACACUAUGGAAACACCAGUUUGCGUGGCCUUUCCAGCAGCCUGUGGACGCCGUCAAGCUAAACCUCCCUGAUUAUUAUAAGAUCAUUAAAACGCCUAUGGAUAUGGGAACAAUAAAGAAGCGCUUGGAAAACAACUAUUACUGGAAUGCUCAGGAAUGUAUCCAGGACUUCAACACUAUGUUUACAAAUUGUUACAUCUACAACAAGCCUGGAGAUGACAUAGUCUUAAUGGCAGAAGCUCUGGAGAAGCUCUUCUUGCAGAAAAUCAAUGAACUGCCCACUGAAGAAACUGAGAUCAUGAUAGUCCAGGCAAAAGGAAGAGGACGUGGGAGGAAAGAAGCAGGGACGGCAAAACCUGGCGUCUCUACGGUACCAAACACAACGCAAGCAUCGACUCCUCCACAGACCCAGACCCCUCAGCAGAACCCUCCGCCUGUGCAGGCUACACCUCACCCCUUCCCUGCGGUCACCCCAGACCUCAUCGUUCAGACCCCCGUCAUGACAGUGGUGCCUCCCCAGCCACUGCAGACACCCCCACCGGUGCCCCCUCAGCCACCACCCCCACCUGCGCCAAAUCCCCAGCCCGUGCAGAGCCACCCACCCAUCAUCGCGGCCACCCCACAGCCUGUGAAGACAAAGAAGGGAGUUAAGAGGAAAGCAGACACCACCACCCCCACCACCAUCGACCCCAUUCAUGAAACACCGUCACUACCCCCGGAGCCUAAGACCGCCAAGCUGGGCCCCCGGCGGGAGAGCAGCCGGCCUGUGAAGCCCCCCAAGAAGGACGUGCCCGACUCGCAGCAGCACCCAGUGUCGGAUAAGAGCAGCAAGGUCUCAGAGCAGCUCAAGUGCUGCAGUGGCAUCCUCAAGGAGAUGUUCGCCAAGAAACACGCAGCCUAUGCCUGGCCGUUCUAUAAGCCCGUGGACGUAGAGGCAUUGGGCCUGCACGACUACUGUGACAUCAUCAAGCACCCCAUGGACAUGAGCACAAUCAAGUCUAAACUGGAGGCCCGCGAGUACCGCGACGCUCAGGAAUUUGGUGCUGAUGUCCGAUUGAUGUUCUCCAACUGCUACAAGUACAACCCUCCUGACCACGAGGUGGUGGCAAUGGCCCGCAAGCUCCAGGAUGUGUUCGAGAUGCGCUUUGCCAAGAUGCCAGACGAGCCUGAGGACUCUGUGAUGACUGUGUCCUCCCCAGCGGUGCCGCCCCCAACCAAAGUGGCGGCCCCACCCUCGUCCAGCGACAGCAGCAGCGAUAGUUCCUCAGACAGUGACAGCUCCACCGACGACUCUGAAGAGGAACGAGCCCAGCGGCUGGCCGAGCUCCAGGAGCAGCUCAAAGCCGUGCACGAGCAGCUUGCAGCCCUCUCCCAGCCUCAGCAGAACAAACCAAAGAAAAAGGAGAAAGACAAAAAAGAAAAGAAAAAAGAAAAGCACAAAAAGAAAGAAGAAGUGGAGGAGAAUAAGAAGAGCAAAGCCAAGGAACUUCCUCCCAAAAAGACCAAGAAAAAUAACAGCAGCAACAGCAAUGCGAGCAAGAAGGAGCCCGCGCCCAUGAAGAAUAAGCCCCCUCCUGCAUACGAGUCGGAGGAGGAGGACAAGUGCAAGCCCAUGUCGUACGAGGAGAAGCGGCAGCUUAGCCUGGACAUCAACAAGCUCCCUGGCGAGAAGCUGGGCCGGGUGGUGCACAUCAUCCAGUCGCGGGAGCCCUCCCUCAAGAACUCCAAUCCUGACGAGAUCGAGAUCGACUUUGAGACUCUGAAGCCGUCCACCCUUCGAGAACUGGAGCGAUACGUAACCUCCUGUUUGCGGAAGAAAAGGAAACCUCAAGCUGAGAAAGUUGAUGUGAUUGCUGGCUCCUCAAAGAUGAAGGGCUUCUCAUCUUCGGAGUCGGAGAGCACCAGCGAGUCCAGCUCUUCUGACAGUGAAGACUCCGAAACAGAGAUGGCUCCGAAGUCAAAAAAGAAGGGGCACCCCGGGAGGGAGCAGAAGAAGCACCAUCACCACCACCAUCAGCAGAUGCAGCAGGCCCCGGCCCCCGUGCCCCAGCAGCCCCCGCCGCCGCCCCAGCAGCCCCCGCCGCCUCCGCCUCCGCAGCAGCAGCAGCCACCCCCGCCCCCACCGAGCCAUGAGCCUCACUGUCACGCCAUUUUCUUUCCAGCUUUGCACAACGCACUGCCCCAGCAGCCAUCGCGGCCCAGCAACCGAGCUGCUGCCCUGCCCCCCAAGCCCGCCCGGCCCCCGGCCGUGUCACCUGCCCUGGCCCAGCCACCCCUUCUCCCACAGCCCCCCAUGGCUCAGCCCCCCCAAGUGCUAUUGCAGGAGGAUGAAGAGCCGCCCGCCCCACCCCUCACUUCCAUGCAGAUGCAGCUCUACCUGCAGCAGCUGCAGAAGGUGCAGCCCCCCACACCACUACUCCCUUCCGUGAAGGUGCAGUCCCAGCCCCCGCCUCCCCUGCCGCCCCCACCCCAUCCUUCUGUGCAACAGCAGCAGCCACCACCGCCGCCCCCCCAGCCCCAGCCACCGCCCCAGCAGCAGCACCAGCCUCCCCCCCGGCCCGUGCACAUGCAGCCCAUGCAGUUCCCUACCCACAUCCAGCAGCCGCCGCCACCCCCAGGCCAACAGCCUGCACACCCACCCCCCGGCCAGCAGCCGCCGCCACCACAACCCGCCAAGCCUCAACAAGUCAUCCAGCACCACCCUUCACCCCGGCACCACAAGUCAGACCCCUAUUCAACCGGUCACCUCCGCGAAGCCCCCUCCCCGCUUAUGAUACAUUCCCCCCAGAUGCCACCGUUCCAGAGCCUGACCCACCAGUCGCCACCCCAGCAAAACGUCCAGCCUAAGAAGCAGGAGCUGCGCGCGGCCUCUGUGGUCCAGCCCCAGCCCCUGGUGGUGGUAAAGGAGGAGAAGAUCCACUCACCCAUCAUCCGCAGCGAGCCUUUCAGCCCCUCGCUGCGGCCAGAGCCCCCUAAGCACCCGGAGAGCAUCAAGGCGCCCGUUCACCUGCCCCAACGGCCUGAGAUGAAGCCUGUGGACGUCGGGAGGCCUGUGAUCCGGCCCCCUGAGCAGAAUGCACCCCCACCAGGGGCCCCCGACAAGGACAAACAGAAACAGGAGCCGAAGACGCCAGUUGCACCCAAAAAGGACUUAAAAAUCAAGAACAUGGGCUCCUGGGCUAGCCUGGUGCAGAAGCAUCCCACCACCCCGUCCUCCACAGCCAAGUCCUCAAGUGACAGCUUCGAGCAGUUCCGCCGGGCUGCCAGGGAGAAGGAGGAGCGCGAGAAGGCCCUGAAGGCACAGGCCGAGCACGCAGAAAAGGAGAAGGAGCGGCUUCGGCAGGAGCGCAUGAGGAGCCGAGAGGAUGAGGAUGCGCUAGAGCAGGCCCGGCGAGCCCACGAGGAGGCACGCCGGCGCCAGGAGCAGCAGCAGCAGCAACGGCAGGAACAGCAGCAGCAGCAGCAGCAGCAGCAGGCAGCCGCAGUGGCCGCCGCCGCCGCCCCCCAGGCCCAGAGCUCCCAGCCCCAGUCCAUGCUGGACCAGCAGAGGGAGUUGGCCCGAAAGCGGGAGCAAGAGCGAAGGCGCCGGGAAGCGAUGGCAGCUACCAUUGACAUGAAUUUCCAGAGUGAUCUAUUGUCAAUAUUUGAAGAAAAUCUUUUCUGAGAGCACCUAGGUGACUUCUGACUUUGAUUUUCUGGCAAAACGUUGACUCUCCAUAGUGUUAGGGGCGGCAGUGGAGGCGGUAGCAGCGGCGAGGGGGUGUCUCCGGGCCUGGCCCUCCUGCAUGCUAUGCCCGGGGCAGGCCUGACGGGCAGCUGAGGAUCGCAGAGCCUGUCUGCCUUACAGCCAGCCGGACAGCCCGCCACCCACCACCCCCUCACAGGACGUCAGCUCAGAGCACGCCUCGCCACGAGCAAGUGCCGGCCAGACCCAAGCCGCGCGUCCCCGCAUGCAGGGCAGAGGCCCUGCUCUCCGCCAAAUGUCUACACAGUAUACACAGGACAUUGUUGCUGCCGCCACCACCGUGACUGGUUUCUGUCCCCGAGAAAGUGACGUUCGUGACGUCCUGCCCACCAGGAGUCCUUCCCCCCACACCCCAGCCACCACCGCCCGCUCCCAGAAGGCCAGGGCAGGCCCGAGCGAGCUGGAGGCGGGCAAGGGCGCUGGCCCACCCCCUUGCUGGCACUGACUUUGCCUUGAACAGACCCCACCCCUCCCCUCCCCCCCACAAGCCUUUAAUCGAGAGCCGCUCUCUGUAAGUGUUCGCUUGUGCAAAAGGGAAUAGUGCCGUGGAGGUGUGUGUGUGUCCAUGGCAAUUUGGAGCGAGGUGACUGUCACGCGCGUGUGUGGGCCGGCCUCGCCCGGUGAGUGAGGCCACCAACCAAAGUCAGUUCCUUCCCACCUGUGUUUCUGGGUUUUUUUUUUUCUAUAUAUAUAUUUUUUGUUGGAUUCUAUUUUAUUUUUAAUUCUCUCUUCUCCUCCAGACACAAUGGCACUGCUUAUCUCCGAAACGGUGUGAUCGUCUCCUCAUUGAGCGGCGGCUGCCACCGCGCUGUGGGUAGUGUGUGACCGUGGCUGUACUGUGUAGUGAGCAUAGUUGGCAUAUCUUUGUUUGAAGUUUGUUGGUGACUCCACCAAACUGGUGUAAAAAAAAAAAAAAAAAAAAAACCUCAAAAAAAACCCACAAAAAACAAAACAAAACACACAAAACACAAAAAAACUGCCUAUAUUUUACUCAGUUUCAAACUUUAUUAGUCUCUUUUUAAUUAUAAAGCCAUGUUUUCUUUUCCUUCCCUCCUCCUUUGUUUGUUUUUUAAUGUCAAAUCUGUUUUGAGUUGGUUUUUUUUUUUUUUUUUUUUUUUUUUAACCAGGAAAGGAAGGGCCAGGGGACAAGGCGGGCACCAGGGGCUGGGGGCACCUGCCACUUCCCCUACUUUUUUUUUUUUUUAAUUUUAUAAUUGGAGCCCUUGGUGAGGUUACGUGUGCCAUGAGAACCCACUCUACACCACGACGCUGGUGCCUCAGUGUUGGCCAAACUCUGGAGUCACUGACUGGUUUGACUUUCAUACGGUGAAUAUGCAUUUGGUCUGUACUGAUCAUGGAAUAAACACAUCUCUCUUUUUUAA